AAUGGGCAAAGUCCAAAAACUUUCGCCUUUCCACAACACCAACGCCAAACUGUUUGGUCUUCGUCUUCUAUGAAUCGGAACUCUGGAGAAGGGUUACCGGAGAAAUGGUGUUGUUGUUGAGUAAAAGGGGUGGUGAAUACCUCAUUUGGUGAUCGGAAAUUGACAAAAGCUUCUUCCUUUUUUGUCAAUUUUACCUAAAGAAAGAAAAAAAUGAACAUUCAACAACUCAAAUCUUUAGCUAAACUUGCCCUAUCUUUCUUUAUUAUAGGAAUUGCAACUGUUCUUGGCUACUUCACAUGGCUUAUCUCUACUUCUGCUUCCAUUCUGUUAGCUGAACUACUUUUAGUACUUCUCCACCGCCGUUGCCCUUAUAUCUCUUGUCUUUAUCAUUUCUUUCAUCUUGACCAUCAUAGACGAAUACGCCGUCAUUGUGAUAUCCUAGGGCCAUUUGUGGCGCUAUGUGUAGCGCCACUGUUUAGCCACAAAUUGUUUGACAUAAAUGUGACUUCUUGUGUGGUGGUAGCAACUAUGUUUUACCUUCACCUGAUGUAUUGCUUUGGUAGGCUUAGGGAUUUUCGGGUACUGAAUGUACUCUUUAUGCUUACUGUUAAUAUUGCUUAUGGGGAAUUUGGAUUUGGGCCUAAUACUUGUGUAUCAGUUGCUGUUUUCACUUACAUUGCUAUAAUGUCGGCGGGUCAAGCACAGAGAGGUGCAGCUCAUGAUGAUGAUGAUGAUCUUCAGCGUUUGACAUUGAAUCAGAUUAUGUCGAAUUUGAUAAUAGGUACAUUUUAUAAUAGUAAUUCUAACAAUUGUUUUGUUAUGGUGGUGUGGAGACGAUUAGGCUAGCUAGACAGUGAUUAUUAGUAGAGCAGUCGAUGUAAGUAGACUAUCUGAGUUGUUGGUUAAUUGGUAAAACGAAUACAGAGUAUGUUUAUUUGUAAAUUUGUCAUGUCACUUCGUUGAGUACAAUUUACUUGGAGGUUAAUCUUUUGUUAAUGCUAGGCUAUGAAGGGUCGCCCUUCCUUUCUUCUUGCUUGAUCUUCUUUUCUGACCUGGAAUUAACUGUUCAAUUCCUCUAGUCCUUUGGUUAAUUAUUUUAUGGAAUGGAGAAGGCCAACAAACACAAACAUCUUAUGCAUUGAGUUUGAGUUUAUGGAUAACUUUCGAAAUGACUGCAUUAGAAAAUACAGAGAUCAACAUCUGUUCAUAAUGCCCAAAGAUGCUACAUGAUUGGCAUUUAGAGCAUAAGCUGAUCUUAGUACCUUCUAUAUUGUAAUUUCGAAGGCUACCCUAUACACAAGAUAUAUCAGAUAAUGUUACUGGGAUUGUGAAAUCAUUGGCACUGCAGACUUGACUCACCGUGAUGUAACAAUCCUAUUCAAGAUUUGUUUAAUUGAAUCACGCAUGGCAGUGCCUAGGUAGUAUAAUACAAUCAUAACACACACAGAAAAAAAGAAGAAAACAUGAGAAGAGAUCAAUAAUCAUUGUUUUAUUGUGUACUCCUAUUUCCCUUUGUUGUUAUUUGGUGCUGACACGAUCUAACCUAUUAUCGUGUCAAGUUAACCUAUUUCAUCUCGAGGACUAUUUCAUGAGACGGUUGUGUUGUGGUCUUUUCCACCCCAUAAGAAAGUGUUGUGGUAGUCAGCUUCAUUGGUGCAAGUUCUAAUUCCCCUGCACUUGAGCAAAUACAAAUCUGACUAUUCAAGGCAACUUUAGUACAUAGUCACAGAUUAAUUAUGUACAAACAUUUGUGCUCAGUAUUUUGCUCCAUCAAUGUACUUGGAUCAUAGUCUCCAGAGGGAUCAUUGAGUUUAACUUUAGGAGAUGUAAAGAAUGGUUGUUUCAAUCUAUUGUUUAUAAAAGGAGAUAAUUGUUUCAAGCUAUCAUUAGAUUGACAGGAGGAACCAGAGGGAUAACUAAACAGCUUGCAACAAGAAUUGAUGGGUUAUUUGCAAACCUAUAUUUUGACAACUAAUCCUUAAACUAGAUGUAUGUAUUACAAAGUGUGUGAAAUAAAACUAGAUGCAAGUGUUGUAGUGUGUGAAAUGCAAAAUCUUUAAGAGCCAUAACCCUAGGGGUCGUUUGGUAAUAGGUUAGAGUUAUACAAAUAUUAGUUAUGUGUGAAUCUAUGUAUUAUUUUAUGCAUGCAUCAGUCAUAAAGGGAUUAGUUAUUCUACCUUCCAUCCUAUAUAAAAUAAUACAUAGAUUCUCUUACAACUUAUACAUGUUUAGUUAUGUGGGUUUAUAAAUUGUCAAGCAAACGUUGUAUUAAUUUUAUACAUAAAUAACUUAUUUCUUAUCUACCUACCAAACGUUGUAUAAGUUGUACGAAAAAUAAUACAUGGAUAACUUGUUUCUUAUCCAUCUACCAAACGACCCCUUAGAGGUACUCUCAACAUAUCCUCAUCAGAUAUCAAUGGUAUAGAAGAAAUUUAUUUGAUAGUCUAGGCUCUAGCAAUCUAAGUUGCACUGACUCAGGUAUCCGAUACGGGUGCAGAUCUAGAGGUCAGUUCAUGAUCUAAAUUUUAAGAUUUGGGGGUACGAAUACGGGUGCGGGAAAGAUAAUUCAAGUAUCUAAAAAUAUAGUUAUAUGUCUAAAUUAUGAGACAUUAUGUGGAAAACUUACUAGGUAUUAUGCGGAAAAUACAUUGAUCGGGAGGAGAAUCCAGAAGGUGAUAUAAGGAAAAGAUAGAAAUUUCUAUAUACAAGGUAAUCUAUUUCCUUCAAUUUCACCUUAAUUUUUGUUUUGAUUACAGAAUCAUUGUAUUUGUCUCGAAUAUCUAUGUUUAUUCUGGUCAAAGUACCCAAAAUCGGCUGACCAAAUUCAGUUUGGAUCCCACUCCUACACCCAUGUCGUGUCAACACGCAUUGGGUGUUGCAAGUGAAGACUUCAAGCAACUUAGCUAGCAAUCCACAGUUAACUAAUUGUACUGAUUAUAGUACUUGUACAAUAGAAGGCUUUGCCUUUGUAUAUAUAACAUAAAACUGAAUUAGUAUACUUACACAGCUAUAUAUUCUUGACAUUAACAAUAAUUAGGAAUAUUUUCUAGGUUUUAGCCAAUCAUGAGGUGGAUUAUCAUAGUAAUGAAGUCCUCUCGGAUUGUCGGUUUUCCUUUGGAGCUUGGCAUUCGUGGAAAUAGGUCUGCCUUGCAUGUGUCUUUCUUCUUGAAUGGGAAGAACGAGGGAUAAAAACUCCUGUUCCUUUGCUUUCCCUUUUGCAGCUCUGUCCAUGCAUAUAUGUGACUCAUUGCUGUGAAAAGGUUUGGGUGGCUUUCUCACUUGUCAUGUGGUGUUAAGGAGGUUUGUUAUAAAGUUCUUUUUGGUUGAGAUUGAUGCAUGGAUACUUUUUAUCUUCUUAGAAACAUAUACAAGGAUGUUUUGGUCCAAUAAGUCACUUUACUACAAUCCAUUGUGGCAUUCUUUUGUAAAUGCUUGCAUAUAAUCCUAUCCUUGAUCUGGACAGGUAACAGAAAGUUUUACUCCCUUUAAUUGCUUAAAUAAUGUCAUUUUUAAGUGGCUUUGUGAAUUUCUAAUUGUUUUGACUUCUGUUUCUAUGAAGUAAUACAAGGGUGUUUAGAAACAAUUCGAUAUGUUAAGCAGAAUUACUUUCUAUCAUUGUCUUUCAUGUUGAGUUAGAUAUAACAAUCCUUGUGUAUCACGGCCAUAUGAUGAUUAUGGACAUUUUGAAGCUCAAAACUGUAAUUUUUAGUUCUGUAUACUUGAACUAAAAGAAACAGUGUAGUAGCUGCUGAUAUGAGGACAGACAAAUGCGUGAUUCCCAUUUAUGUGAUGGCUGCAAUAUUUGUGGUUUAUCGGAGAUGUUAUAAGAGAGAAGGAAACUCAGUGGUGGAUGGUUGUUACCUGUUUACAGCAAUAAUAGAGAUGUGCAAAGAUCAGAAUAGAUGAAAGGUAGCUUCAUGUUUAUACAAACUGUAGCAAGCUUUUCAUUUUCAAUUCCAAGGGGCAUAUAGUAGUAUAUUUGGUCAUGAAUUUUGUUGUAACUAAUUGUUGGAAAUUAACUCUUUAGAAUAAUUGAUUGUUGGGAGUAAGUUACAUUAAUGUGUCAACAAUUUGGCCUUUUCUCAGUUUUCACUAAAGAUGAUGUAGAAAUAAAUACUCUUAGGAAACUUUUACUUUUUUUUAUAU